AUGGAGCUAGAAUUCACAAUUGGAAAAAAUAGAGAUGAUAUCACCUGUGUAUCAUUGGGUACCAGACAAUACUGGCUGAUGCUUCCAUGGGCCUUCCCACAUGUCGCCGGCCACUGGACAUCCUCACCUCCUUGUUGCAGUGCCAAGUCAUCCUGUGGUCUAUGGAUGUUAAAUUUCAUGGAAUAUUUCACGGGGGAUAUUUUAUCCGACAUUCCUGAACAGGUUAAUAUGACAAAUUUUAGAAACAAAUUAGCCAUAAUUUUGGUGGAUUCACAUUUGAAUGAUGAUAAUAUAAGGAAUCGAGACUUGAAAGAUGAUGAAGAACAAACAUUUGAUCCUACUGAUUGUGUCAUUGUGGAUGGACCUCCUAAAAACAUCAAAACAUCGAAACUAGCGUCAGAAAUUGGGUUCAUCUCGCAAUCAUUGCUUUUGUUACCAUCUGCCAAUCCAACAGACCAGGAAUUAAUAGAUGAACUUUGCCUAUACAUCAGCACAGUUGAUGAUAUCCCUUCACUAGAGACCGAAUGGGUUAAAAGUUCGAGUCCUUAUCCUAUUAGUCUUAAUUUAAGACAAAUAAGUAGCAUACUAAAAAUGAAUGAAAAUAUGGACGUUAGUUGCUUUAAUAUGGCUGUAUGGAUACUGGCGUGGCACGACAUCCAGCUUGCUAGGGAUGUCCCAGUCCACUACAUGGAUUUGAACUUCUGUUUGAUGUCUCAAUAUGCACGAGAUCCAAGUCGUAGUGACUAUCCUGACGUUGCUCGGUUGGCUCAGUUGUUUCUUAGCUGGCCUGACAGUAAUGAGUAUCAUAUAUCUGAAUGCAAUAUGAUUUUAUUGCCUUGGGAUAUUGUUGGGUUAUUCCAGUUGUUCGUCUUGGAUCGGCACAAAAAAGUUAUCUCUUUUUUGGACCCGCUUCCAAUACCAUAUUUGGCGAAGACUAUACUUAAAAAUGUGGCCGAUAAUUUUAAUCUUGCCCUCGAAGUUGCAAACCCUGCAUCAAAGGAUGACAUAACUAAAUGGGGUUGCAAGGCUCCCAAAGUUCCAACAAAUCCAGACGAGUAAGAAUCUUAACAAUGUGUUACAAUCUUAACGUAUU